AUGCGCUGCCCCAAGUGUCUUCUCUGCCUGUCAGCUCUGCUCACGCUCCUGGGCCUCAAGGUCUACAUCGAGUGGGUGUCCGAGCCUCACCUUACGAAGGCCUACCCAGGUGCCCGGAGCACCCCACCAGACCCCACGCCAGCCAGCUUUGAGCCCACCCUGCCUGCCAACCUCUCCGCUCGCCUAGGCCAGACUGGACCGCUGCCCUCAGCUUACUGGAACCAGCAGCAGUGGCGGCUGGGGACCCUGCCCAGUGGGGACAGCGUGGAGGCAGGGGGCUGCCGGGCUUGGGGGACUGCUGCCUCCAGUGAGAUCCCGGACUUCACCUCCUACCCCGAAGACCUCCGCAGCUUCCUGCUGUCAGCUGCCUGUCGGAGCUUCCCACCGUGGCUGCCUGCGGGAGGUGGUGGCCAGGUGGCUAGCUGCUCAGCAACGGGUGUCCCCUACCUGCUGUUGGCUGUCAAGUCGGAACCAGGGCGCUUUGCACAACGACAGGCCGUGAGAGAGACCUGGGGCCAUGCGGCUCCUGAUACCCGGCUGCUCUUCCUGCUGGGAUCUCCGGUGGGUCGUGGGGGGCCCCACCUGGGCUCGCUGGUGGCCUGGGAGAGCCACCGCUACAAUGACCUUCUGCUCUGGGACUUCUUUGAUGUCCCCUUCAACCAGACACUCAAGGACCUGCUGCUGCUGGACUGGCUGGGCCACCACUGCCCUGACGUGACCUUUGUCCUGCACGUUCAGGAUGAUGCCUUUGUGCACACACUUGCCUUGCUGGAACACCUGCGUGGCCUGCCUCCUACCUGGGCCCGAGGCCUCUACCUGGGUGAGGUCUUCACCCAUGCCAAACCCCUGAGGAAGCCCGGAGGACCCUUCUAUGUGCCCGGGUCCUUCUUUGAAGGCAGUUACCCAGCCUACGCCAGCACGGGUGGCUACGUCAUUGCCGGACGCCUGGCACCCUGGCUGCUACAGGCAGCGGCUCGAGUGGCACCUUUCCCCUUCGACGAUGUCUACACAGGCCUAUGCUUCCGGGCCCUGGGUCUGGUGCCUCGGGCCCACCCAGGCUUCCGUACAGCCUGGCCAGCAGACCGGCCCUUGCAGGCCUGCGCUCUCCGGGACCUGCUGCUGGUGCGGCCCCUCAGUCCCCAGGACAGCAUUCGGCUCUGGAAACACCUGCAGAAUCCACAGCUCCGGUGCUGA